CCUCGCUCUGAAGGCGUCUCAACCCAGAAACCUCACAUGAUUGACUCGAGGACGAAAGAACAAAACCAGUAAUGCCGUGUUUUGAAAAUCUCUAAACUUUAUAUAUUCAGUGUCCCAACUUGAUAGCUUCCAUCGAUUUGAGAAGGCCCAGAAGGGACACGAUCCCCUUCGGCGAGCUAUGACAUCAGAACAAGUCGCCUCGCCAUUGAUUGCGCCGGCUCGAUCUGGGUCACCAACAGGCAGUUUCUACGCCAUGAGCGACGACGAGGAGGGUGAUUACAACACCAUCACACACACAGAAUCUGGACGCGGUGUCAAGCUGCUCUUCAGUAAGAGCAAGGUCUACAUACACCCAACGCCAUCAGCCAAGGACAAUAUCCCCGGCUUCGUCGCUCUGCUCCAGCAGAAAGCCCCGCGGGACGAGCGGCCAACGUCCUCAUCUUCCAAAAUUUCCACAUCGCCCACAUCGUCCGACCUCCUGCUUGCUUGGCUACCCGAGUCAAGUCUGGGAGAUUCGGCCAGCAUUUAUGUCAAAGUUGAUUUGACGGAGGGGGACUCGCCGCCGAAACAGAGCUAUUUAGUUCCACCACCCCCGACUGUCACGACGCAUCGUGGAUCCAUCGGUCACUAUGCCUUCGCCAUACCCGUCAGCGCCAUCUACUCACUCCUCGUGCGGCCGCCAAGUCUCGGUUGGUGGUUCGGGUCCGUCGUGAUCAACACGAGGGCCGGUGACAGCUUCCCGGCCUUGUUCUUUCAUGACAGCGAGUGCCAGUCCACCAUUUUGCAGAAAAAAAAGUUGGCGCGCAACAACUUCGAUCCUUUCGGGGAGCAAGGACACAUGUUUUGGGGUGGUGACGAGGUUCUGCGCUGGCUCAAGCGCUAUGUCAAGAUCGAACGAAGCGGUGCCGAGCCCAACAUCUACCUCGUAGAACCAUCCAAGGAAGACAGCGAGGCAUUCGGAGGCAAGUUAACGUCGAGUACCCCUUCGCAGCUUGGCCGUAAAGACAGUGCCCAUGGUGCAUCCAUCAGGGGAGCUGCAGGCGCCUUACCAGCGGGGCCAAGUGGGCAACGUGAUGCACAGAUGGACCCCUUUAUGAAAUUGGUGAAGGAGACGGGGUGGAAUAUCAUGGAGAAGUUCAGUAAAGUCACCACUUUUACGAGGAGAACUGCCCAGGAUGUUCUGGACAACCCUAAAGUGCCGCCACAGGUCCGUAGGUUGAUGCGCAAUCCCGAGGUGCAGACAUUGCAGGAUGAAUUUGACAGUGCAAGAGUCUACCUGGCAAGAUGGGCCAUGGGUAUAGCAGAACAGAGCGAAAGAGACAGAAGCCAGAGGAUAUGGACGGCCCGGGAUGUCAUGGAGCUGGAGGACACCGAUGUGGGUGAAUUUGAGUUGCUCGAGACGAGUUCCUUGUCGUUGGAGGAACGGCGGAAACCCGUUGGUCGGAAAGAGUGGGACACCUUCUUCGACUCGAAAACUGGUAGACUCUCUGUUACUAUAGAUGAGGUCAAGGAACGCGUAUUCCAUGGAGGAUUGGACCCGGACGAUGGCGUCCGUAAGGAAGUUUGGCUGUUCCUACUUGGCGUUUACGACUGGUACAGCACAUCUGAGGAGCGCAGAGCCCAAAUCGCCUCACUGAGGGAGGACUAUGUGAAACUUAAGGCAGCAUGGUGGGAAAGACUUAUUGAUAUGGGUGGGGAGGGUGAGGAAGGCGAAUGGUGGCGAGAGCAAAAAAGCAGGAUAGAAAAGGAUGUCCAUCGGACUGACCGAACAGUGCCUAUAUUUGCUGGCGAGGAUGUUCCUCACCCUGAUCCUGACUCCCCUUUCGCCUCCGUGGGCACCAACGUACACAUGGAACAGAUGAAGGACAUGCUCUUGACGUACAACGAGUACAACAGGGAACUCGGCUACGUACAGGGCAUGUCGGAUCUUUUAGCGCCAAUCUAUGCCGUCAUGCAAGACGACGCCAUUGCAUUCUGGGGAUUUCAGCACUUCAUGGAACGUAUGGAGCGGAAUUUCUUGCGUGACCAGAGCGGCAUGCGCAACCAGCUCACGACACUCGACCACCUGGUACAAUUCAUGGACCCCAAGCUAUACUCCCAUCUUCAGUCGGCCGACAGCACCAAUUUCUUCUUCUUCUUCCGCAUGUUGCUGGUCUGGUACAAACGUGAGUUCAAGUGGAUGGACGUGCUGCAUCUUUGGGAAGUCUUGUGGACCGACUACCUGAGCAGCAGUUUCCACCUGUUCAUCGCCCUAGCUAUUUUGGACAAGCACCGUGACGUUAUCAUGACGCAUCUGCAGCAUUUUGACGAGGUGCUCAAAUAUGUCAACGAGCUAUCCAAUACUAUGGAUCUAGAAUCAACUCUGAUCCGAGCCGAGUCCCUCUUCCGCCGCUUUAACCGCCUCGUCGAAGCCGUCGACAAGAAGUCCAACUUCCCGAGGCCGCGGGUGCAGUCUUCGUCUUCUUCCACUGCGACAUCAGCAGCAGAAACACAAGAUACGGGCAAGGCGAAGGAGGAGCAGAAGAAGCUUAUCAGCCCUGAGUUGCGAAAACUUCUCAGUCGGAAUGUGGACGUGCUCCCUAGGCAGGUUGUCAAGAAAAAGGGCGACGGAUUUACGGCCGAAGCUGCUUUAUCUUCGAAGCGUUAAGAUGCCUCGUAGAGCAGGUGGGUCGAAGUUGACUCUUGAAACUGGAUAAAGAGCGUCUAGUAUCACGUACGGCACGCAGUAGGAAGGUAGGGAGUAGUUUUGGUAAUGAAUGGAACACUAAGGGCUGGGGCGGCUUUUUCGACUUACUUCAUGCAGGGGCUGCAGAUCGUUCAACAAUGCAAUCAAUGCGCUGAGGUAGCUUUUGUUAAGGCAGACAUGAAUAAUAGCAAUAAUCAAAACU